GACUGUGGUAAUCAAGCAAAUGACUGGAAACCAUGCAUUGAUAGAAAAAUUGCUGACCAAGUGUUUGGUGCAUGCUGUCAGCGAUUCGUACCACCUGAAUGUCGUAGUUUAUGUAUUUACGAAAGUAAUCCAAUUGAAGCUCGAGUUGUUGUAAGUUUGCAGUUAAUGCAUACCAUACAGCCGUCACGAUGUCGCUUAUAUAAAUACUUAAGUUCAAUUGCUCAUUGUGCUGCUCAGACUCAUGAUAAUACAGAUUGCUGUCGGCACAUGGGAGUUCAUGAAAUCGGCCCGCAAUGCUUACAAAUGUGCAAACCACAAGUAAAUCCUCGUCAGAUGUGGGGCAUCAGGUCACUACGCAAGGAUAUGGUAGUUUGCUUAGCUAAAUGGGAUCAAAUAAUGCACUGUCAUCAAGCUGGCUUGCGAGCAAGAAAAAUACCAAAAAAGCCUACUGUUAUGUCACAGUAA